UUAACUUACAGAAUUGACUGCACUUGACAAUCUACUAUAAUCUUUAUUGUCUAUUAUAUUUUUGGGAAGCGAAUGUGUUCGCUGCCAUUUUCUAUUCGAUAAUUUAGAAAAUAAUUUGGGAGAGCUAAAAGGUGUGUGCAUACCUACAAACUGCCGCAGGUUAUGCGAAGAGGCUCGUAUAAGUAUGUCCUCUUAUCGCGGCGAGGGCGCCUGGGACGGCGGGCCGCCCGGUGCCGAGGCGGACUACGCGCCCCCGCCCCCGCCCGCAGCGCCGCCCGCGCCCACCACCGACCCCUGGACUGGCGCCAGCUACAGCCACUACCCGCCGCAGUACGACUACCAGACCUACGGUGCCUACGGAUAUAACUACGACUCCACGUACUACCAGGCACCCAGCGCGGGCUACUACGACGGCACGGGCGCGGCUUACCCGCCCGCCCCGCCCGAGUCCUACGACUAUGCGCGGCCCGCCGAGGGCUCGCCUCACGCCUCCCGUGAUUAUGAGCGCCGACGUUCCUCUUAUAGGUCUAAGUCCCGAAGUGUUUCGCCCUACGACAGAAGGCAGCGGGAAUAUUCCAAGAAAAGAGAUGCUAGCUAUGAGGAUAGUAGGUGGCGUAGAUCUAGAAGUGCUUCUAAACGUAAAUACUCUAAGUAUUCCUCGAGCGAUCGUUCAAGCUACAAGUCAAGAUCUUAUUCCAGAUCUCCCAAAAAAAUUAAAAAAGAGCGAAGGUCUUCCUCAGGCUCUUCAAGAUCUAGGAGGUCUUACAAGAAACCUGUGGCAAGUAGACCUGAUCGCUCAUUGACUCCGCCUUUAAAAACUAGGUCAUCCCGCUCCCGUAAUAGGUCUCAUAAUGAGGACAGGGUCACUCGCAGUCCACUUGCAAAAUACAAACGUGAAAAGGAAUCUAAAAGUAAAGGAAAAUCUGACCCCUACUAUGAAUCUAAAUCUAGGGACAGAAGAGAAAGAGAUGUUUUCACGCCGCCUCGAAAAAAUAUGGCAGAUUCUCCUAAAAAUAGAAAGAGGUCUGAUAAAUCUGUGACCCCUCCCACUGUCUAUAAACGGUCAGAACGAUCUACGCCAAGGAAAAAGAAUUACAAAGACCAAAAAUCUGGUACCCCAACUAGGAAACCUAGAGAUAGCUCGGUAACACCUCCACGCUGUUACGCUAGGAGUCGCUCUUCAUCAAGAUCGCUGACUCCUAAGACUAAACAUAAACGAUUGCGGAGCCCAAAGUCGCGACGCAAAAGGUCCUUGUCUUCCAGCGCCUCUUCCGCUUCGUCGGCGAGCUCGCGGUCCAAACGUCGCGUUAGGCGAAAGUCUGCCUCCGAACACGAAUCUCGUAGUAAAAGUCGGUCGAAAGGACGAUCGCAAAGUAAGGAAAGAUCCAUCUCGAGGCGCCGCUCCGCAUCUCGGCUUAAAGCAAGGCGAUCAAGAAGCCCAAGACAAUCUAAAUCCCGAUCACGAUCGCGCAGCUCUCCCAGUCGCAGCGGCACUCCGAGCGACGAGGAGUGCCGCGGACAGUUCACGGUGGCGGACAGAAAAAGGUUUUGGAAGAUGCACAAAAGUAGACAGGAGCAAGCUGACAAAACAAAGACUCCGCCUAAGGAAAUUAUACCUCCCCCAGGAGCGGUGGAAACCAGUAACGCGGCGGACAUUCAAUAUGGAGACCCCCCUGAGGUGGUGGGGCCGAAUUACGCUGAACUUCUACAACCGCCGGAUUUACUGGCCCCCUCAUCAUCAAAAUCGAAACCUGUACCAAUGCCCAUUAAAAAUGACGGUAGUUUUCUGGAAAUGUUUAAGAAAAUGCAGGAGCAGACUAAGAAAGUUGAAGAAGUUCCAACAAAACCUAUAAUUAAAAAGCCAGUUUUACCUUUCAUAGGCAAAAGGCGAGGGGGGAGAGUUCUCAAAACUGGUAUGGUGAAGAAGGCCAAGGCGAUUGAUGAACAAACUGUGGACAAUACCCCCAAAGAUGCUUGGUCUCUUUAUAUGCAGGAAGUUAAGAAGUAUAGAGAGACAUCUUGCGAAGAAGAAAGAAAGACUAGGCCUCUUGUGAAAUAAUUAUUAUAUGAUUGGAAACUGCAUUUAGCAGUUUAUGACUGUUAUUUUUUUACUAUGAUAGGUCUUAUGUUACCUGUUGUUUAUGUUGACUAUCCUUAUUUCAUUGCAUUAUUAAACACAAUAGAACAGGCAAUAAAGGAAUUUAAGAAUGACUGA